AUGAAGGUCUACACCACCCUUGCUACCUUCUCUCUGUUCUAUACCUUAGCAGCAGCAGCCCCAAUUCCCCCUCAACCAAGUAUGGAGGAAACUCAGAAUGAUAUGAUUGCAGAGGACAAGCGUGGCGAGUACGAUGUCACAAUGAAGUGCGAUAGUGCUUAUGCCGAUCUCGUUGACAAGCGCGAGGAAAAGCGUGGCGAGUACGAUGUUACAAUGAAGUGCGAUAGUGCUUAUGCCGAUCUAGUUGACAAGCGCGAAGAAAGGCGUGGGGAAUACGAUGUCACGAUGAAGUGCGAUAGUGCUUAUGCUGAUCUAGUUGAGCGUGGGGAGUAUGAUGUGACUAUGAAGUGUGAUAAGGCCUACGCUGAUCUUGUCGAUGAGAAUUAA